AUGAACAACGAAAAGAUUGACGACAAGUCUGUAGGUGCUCAGGAGAAUGAGUAUCGAUCCUACAGCGUGGAUGAAACUGGACGCCGCCUCUCUGUGACCGGGCGACGGGUGUCUAUCGUUGAUGACGUCUUUGGGGAGACUGUUGAAGGUGGUCCAAAUUACUGUAAUGUCGGCUGGCUACGAACAGCCAUCCUUAUGAUGAAAACACAGAUUGGCCUGGGGGUCCUCUCGAUUCGAGCAUUGUUUGAUGUUUUUGGCAUGGUUCCCGGUGGUAUAUGUCUAAUAGUGAUCGCUAUGAUCACAACGUGGUCGGACUGUAUUGUCGGUGUAUUCAAGCUUCGGCACCGCUCCGUCUAUAGCCUCGACGAUGUUAGUCAAUUGCUGUUCGGCUGUAUUGGGCGCGAAUUAUUCGGUGUGACAUCCGUCCUUUACUGGAUUUUCCUCGCUGGUGCUGGCAUGCUCGGUAUUUCGAUUGGCCUGAAUGCCGUCUCAACACAUGGAGUAUGUACUGCUGUUUUUGUUGCUGUUGCUGCAAUUAUAGGGUUCGGCCUCUUCCGCAUUCAGACAUUUAGCAAGAUAUCGUGGCCCGCUUGGGUUGGAGUGAUAUGUAUCUUGACUGCAAUUUUCACAGUCACUAUUGCUGUUGGCGUACAAGAUCGGUCUGCAGACGCACCUGCAUCAGGUUUCUUUGUGUCGCAUUACAAAGUCACCAACAAUCCGUCUUUCACUGACGCCAUCUCCGCUUGUUCUUCGCUGGUUUUCGCAUACUCCGGCAUGCUUACUUUGUUUUCAACCGUUUCUGACAUGCGAUAUCCUCGACUCUAUACACGAUCCCUCAUUAUCUGCCAGAGUGUCGUUACGGCGACAUACAUCACGAUCGGCGUUGUGGUCUAUUAUUAUGCCGGCUCAUAUGUGGCUUCGCCUGCUCUUGGAUCAGCCGGAGCCCUCCUGAAAAAGGUCGCUUAUGGUUUCGCUCUUCCGGGUCUUAUUGUUACGACGACUCUUGUCAUCCACCUGCCCGCUAAGCUGCACGACUGGGAUGCGACUGUCACUUAUGUGAUUGCAAGCGCCAUUCCUGUCUUCGGUGGCCUUGUGUCCCUCAUGGGGGCUUUGCUCGGCACUCUCAUGUCGUUCCUGCCAAUGGGCUGUAUGUAG